AGCAAAUGAAAAAAUUAUAGUUUGUUGAUGUUUUGUUUUGUCAAUUUCGUUAUCGAAUUUACAUUUUAUUAAUUAUUGAUCAUACAACGUGUCAAAAAAUUAUAACUAGCUUUUAGUUGCAAAUAUUUCAGGUAAUGUUGAAAGCUGUAAUUUUGAUAGGAGGCCCCCAAAAAGGGACAAGAUUCAGACCUUUAUCCCUUGAUAUUCCUAAGCCUCUCUUUCCGGUGGCUGGCUUACCACUUAUUCAGCACCAUAUAAAAUCUUGUGUAUCAACCCAAUGUGUAAAAGAAAUUCUGCUGAUUGGGUUCUAUCCUGUUGUCCAGAUUCAACCUUUCGUUAAUGACAUGCAGCACCAGUACAACAUAAUGAUCAAAUAUCUUCAGGAGUUCACAGCUCUGGGAACUGCAGGUGGUCUUUUUCAUUUUCGAGACCAAAUCCGGUUUGGAAAUCCAGAUGCCUUUUUCGUUAUGAAUGCUGAUGUCUGUGCAGAUUUUCCCCUGAAUGAGCUGUACAAGUUUCAUAAAGAGCAAUCCAUCAAAAAUAACAAUAAAGCACUGGUAACGAUAAUGGGUACAGAAGCCACAAGGCAGCAGUCAUUACAUUAUGGUUGUAUAGUGACAAAUAAAGAAACUCAUGAGGUUACACAUUAUGUGGAAAAGCCAAGUUCUUAUGUGUCUACACUGAUAAACUGUGGAAUCUAUGUAUUCUCUCUAGAUAUAUUCCAAACCAUUGGAGAAGCUUUCACUUUGAAGCAAGAUGAAUUUUACAGGUAUCAAUAGGGGUUACGUUGUAAAAAAGCGGGUUAUAUACAGCUUGAACAAGAAAUAUUGGCUCCAUUGGCGGGAUCAGGCAAGAUUUUUGCCCUUCAGGUUAAUACCUGGUGGUCUCAACUGAAAACUGCUGGAUCUGCAAUUUAUGCCAAUCGCCAUUACUUGGAACUUUAUAGAAAAAAACAUCCAGAACUACUGUGCACACCAGGAGCUGCAGGGGAAAGCUGUACCAUUUAUCCAGAUGUCCAUAUCGAUUCAACGGCUACAAUUCAUCCAACAGCUGUUUUAGGGCCAAAUGUAAGCAUAGGACCAGGAGUGACUGUGGGCCCAGGUGUAAGGAUACGAGAGAGUAUAAUUUUGUCAGAAGCCACCAUUGAUGAGCACAGCUUAGUUCUCCAUAGCAUUAUUGGACGAGGUUCCAGGGUAGGACGAUGGGCUAGAGUUGAAGGAACUCCUUCAGAUCCAGAUCCUAACAAACCAUUUGCCAAGAUGGAGAAUCCUCCUUUGUUCAACAGUGAUGGAAGAUUGAACCCAUCAAUCACAAUUUUGGGCUGUUCUGUGAGCGUUCCAUCCGAGACUAUUUUAUUGAAUUCAAUUGUACUUCCUAAUAAAGAAUUAUCAAGAAGCAUAAAGAAUGAAAUAAUAUUGUAAAGUAUUCAAAAAUAUAGUGUUUUAUAUAUAU